AUGAGCGUAGCGUUGCUUCGGAGUCGUCCAGAAGGCUCCACGCUGAGGGCAAUUGGGCGCUUUCAAGCUCCAUUGCACGCGCCCCGGACGCCAUUGACUGCUAAAAUUCCUGUCUUGCCUCACUCGCGUUCCUUGCACACCACCUACCGACGUCCACUGCAACGACGUGCCUCCGGUCCCGUACCGAAUGUCGCGUUCCCGAUCCGCUUCAAGUCCGACGAUGUGGCGACAGCUGCUGCUCCCGCAACUCGUUCCAAUACUUUUCGGGUGUUGGCGAAGAUUUUCUCUUACUGUGGUUUCUUCGUCGUCGCCUCUGGUGUUAUUGUCGCCGCAUUCUUCGUCUACGACGCCAGUACAUACCGCGAAACUCCCACUGCGGAGGAUAUCCCUGUCUCUGAGCUAGCUCUCAAUCCACGCCAUGGUGGUCCCAAGAACCUUCCCAUUGCCGAUUUCCUUGUGGGUGACUAUGACUCCGAGUCAAUGCUGGAACAGAAGGAUAAGCCUCGUCUGGUGAUCUUGGGAACUGGUUGGGGUAGCAUUGCGCUGCUCAAGAACCUGAACCCUGGUGAUUAUCAUGUUACUGUUGUUUCCCCGACCAACUACUUUCUGUUUACGCCCAUGCUGCCUUCCGCCACAGUCGGUACUCUGGGCCUUCGCUCUCUUGUUGAACCCGUGCGCCGCAUUAUCGAACGUGUCAAUGGCCAUUUCUUGAAGGCCUCUGCGACAGAUGUCGACUUCUCACAGAAGUUGGUUGAGGUCUCGCAGGUUGAUCAUGAUGGUAACAAGAAGAACUUCUAUCUGCCGUAUGACAAGCUUGUCGUUGGCGUCGGUUGCGUGACGAACCCGCACGGCGUCAAGGGAUUGGAGAACUGCAACUUCUUGAAGACCAUUGAUGAUGCGCGCCAGAUUAAGAACAAGGUUUUGGAGAACAUGGAGUUGGCUUGUCUGCCUACCACUACUGACGAGGAGCGCCGUCGUCUGCUUUCCUUCGUUGUUUGUGGUGGUGGACCGACUGGUGUCGAGUUCGCUGCUGAGCUGUUUGACUUGCUAAACGAGGACCUCCUUUACUCUUUCCCGCGCAUCGUCCGGAAUGAGAUCUCCGUCCAUAUCAUCCAGAGCCGAACCCACAUCUUGAACACUUACGAUGAGGCCCUCUCCAAGUACGCCGAAAGCCGCUUUGCUCGCGACGGCGUCGAGGUCCUGACCAAUGCCCGCGUCAAGGAAGUGCAAAAGGACAAGGUCAUGUUCAGCCAGGUCGAAGAUGGAAAGACUGUUAUCAAGGAGAUCCCCACCGGAUUCUGCUUGUGGUCUACUGGUGUCUCCCGCGCUGAAAUCGCCGAAACUCUCUCCAACAAGCUGGAAGGUCAGAACAACAAGCACGCCCUCGAGACUGAUUCCCACCUCCGUGUAAUCGGUGCGCCUCUCGGCGACGUCUACGCCAUCGGUGACUGCUCCACGGUUCAAAACAACGUCGCCGAAAACAUCAUCCGUUUCCUCCGUACCAUUGCUUGGGAGAAGGGUCGUGAUCCUGAGAAGGUUCACCUCACCUUCUCCGAAUGGCGCGAUGUCGCCAACAGGGUGAAGAAGCGCUUUCCUCAAGCCUCCAACCAUCUCCGCCGUCUUGACCGUCUCUUCGAACAAUACGACAAGGACCACUCCGGUACUCUCGACUACGGCGAGCUUUCCGAGCUCCUCCACCAGAUCGAUACCAAGCUUACUUCUCUUCCCGCCACCGCCCAACGCGCUAACCAGCAGGGUGUGUACCUGGGCCGCAAGUUGACCAAGAUUGCCGCGUCCCUGCCGGGCCUGAAAGCUAACCAGAUUGAUUACGGUGACCUUGACGAGGCAGUCUACCGUGCUUUCAAGUACAAGCAUCUCGGCAGUCUGGCGUACAUCAGUAACGCGGCCAUCUUUGAUUUCGGUGGCAUGAGCUUCAGCGGCGGUGUCAUUGCCAUGUACCUCUGGCGCAGUAUUUACUUCGCCGAGAGUGUCAGCUUCCGAACUCGCUGUAUGUUGGCCAUGGAUUGGGCCAAGCGAGCUCUAUUUGGAAGAGAUCUCAUGAGCUUCUAG